CUAAUCGAUGCUGAACUCUCCGGUUCUUCGGCAGCUCUUCUCGUCAGUCCUUGGGGAAUCAUGAGCACGGCUUCGGGAUUCGGGAAAGCACUGGUCAUCAUCACCGGGGCAUCCCGGGGCUUCGGCCGAGCUCUGGCUCUGUCGGUGGCGGCACGUGUAUCUCCGGGCUCAGUACUGGUGCUCGCGGCUCGGUCGGAGGAGCAGCUGCUGGAGCUGAAGAGCGCGCUGACCCGCGGGGAGACCGGCCUCACCGUCCGCUGCGUCCCGGUGGAUUUGGGCUGUGAAGCAGGAGUGGAAAAACUCAUUGCCGAGACCAGAGAUAUCCAGCCGGACAUCCAGCACCUGCUGCUCUUCCAUAACGCCGCUUCUCUCGGUGAUGUGUCUCGUUACUGUCGUGAUUUCACCAAUAUGGAAGAGCUGAACUCAUACCUGUCGCUGAAUGUAAGCUCCGCCCUCUGUCUGACGGCGGGAGUCCUCCGCACAUACCCGAAGCGCUCCGGGCUGACCCGCGUCAUCGUGAACAUCAGCUCGCUGUGUGCACUCCGGCCUUUCCCCACCUGGGUUCAGUACUGCAGCGGCAAGGCGGCACGCGACAUGAUGUUCCGCGUCCUCGCAGAGGAGGAGCCGGAGCUCCGAGUGCUGAACUACGCUCCAGGUCCUCUAGACACAGAUAUGCAGCGUGAGGCGCGGAGCAGCUGCGCAGACUCUGAGCUGAGAAACACCUUCAGCCAGAUGCAUGCCAACGGGCAGCUGCUGACCUGCGAUCAGUCCAUUCAGAAGCUGAUGAGCGUGCUGCUGGAGGACAAGUACAGCUCCGGAGAACACCUGGACUACUAUGACCUGUAGAUCGCUGACACGUAAACACACUCACACACAGAAAAGGAGUCUCUCAGACAAACACACACAAUAGGAGACUUUCUCACACACACACAGAAUAGACUCCUAAAACACACACAGAGACAGAACAGGAGUCUCUCGUACAGGAGUCAAGUAAUUGCUAUUAUAUAUAUAUAUAUAUAUAUAAAUAAUUGCUAAUACUUCGCUUGUUUUAAGGAUAAUCUCUCUUCAUUUUGACUCAUUAUUUCUGAAAACAAGACUAUAUUGCUUGCUGGUCUAGAAAAUGCUUCUUGGUUCAAUAAUUAUAUUGAUAUUUUGGACUAGAAACAAGACAGAAACUCAAAAUCGGAAGCAUUUUUCUGCAUUGUAAGCCUUUCAUUUGCAUAUUAUCAGUAAGUGUGAGUCGUGAGUUGCUGCAGAUUUUUGUUUCAGUAUGUUGACAUUUCCAACUAAAACUGAAUAUUAAGUAGGGGCGGAGUUUUAUUUAUAAGCCCCGCCUCUCAUAUUUCACUUGGAGCUAACUGAUAGUUGAAGGGGUGUGGCUAAGCAUAUUUCAGCCAGUCAGAGUGAGACAGUUUCUCCAGAGCAGAUAAUUUAUAUUUAAAUAUUAUCUAAAUAAACUGCUUUACAGAAGGUUAAUUAUUAACCUCAAGACUAACUAUGUGUGCUAGCCAAAUAAACACUCUACAUUUUAAAUUCUUUACUAUUUUGUUACUAAAACAUGAGAUUGUAUGACAAUAGAUAUAUAAUGUGAUUAUUAAUGUAUGAGCACUUACAGUGUGUAUUAAAGGAUUCAGAAUGUUUUACAUUAGUAUGCAUUGAGGAAUCUAUGUAAACAUCAGAGUGUGUUUAUGAUUAAUGAUGAUUAACCCAUGAUUACAGUGCCUUGGUAUUAAAGUGAACUGCAGAUGACUGAGAGUUCUGGACCAAAUAUAUACUGUUUACUGAUUAUAUAUCUGCUGCCUUUCGUUAUAAAAUAAUGACAAAUGCUCUAAAUUUAAAUGAAAGCUUUCGUAAUUCCAGAUGUUGUAUUCAGCAUUUUAUAUUCCUUUUUUAAUUGCCAGCCAAAUACACAAUUGAAGACAAUUAUUAUUAUUUUAAUUAUUUUUCAAAUAUUUCCCCAAGUGCUCUUUAACAGAUUUUUAAGUGAUAUAUUUAAGAACUCGUCUCUAAUAACUGAUUUCUCUUAUCUCAUAGCUCAUAAAAUUAGACUAGAUGUUCUUCAAGACACUGGUAUGCAGCUUAAAGUGACAUUUAAAGGCUUAAUUAGGGUAAAGUUAGGGUAAUUAGGCAAGUCAUUAAAUAACAGUGGUUUGAUCUGGAUCUUUGACAAUCCAACACUAAUUUUGCUGAAGGGGGUUAAAAAUGUUGACCUUAAAACGGGUUUAAACCGCUUUCAUUCUUGCUGAAAUAAAACUAAUCAGACUUUCUCCAAAAGAACAAAUAUUAGAGGAAACACUGUGAACAAUUCCUGAAUCUGUUCAACAUCAUUUGGGGAAUAUUUGAAGAAGAACACAUAUUUCAUAGGAGAGAUAAUAAUUUUGUCUUCAACUGUAGGUAUUCUUAAUAUAUAAUAUCUUAAUAAUACGAAACUUUAUUAAUGUUUUUUAAGAUUUUUCUUUCUAUAAUCAAAGCGUUUUAUGAUGUGUACUUUGAUUCAUUAAAUAUAAUAAUGUAUAAAUUGAUAAUAAUUGUGAAUGUUUGCUGUCAUUAAUGUCCUGUUUGUUCUUUAAUACACUUCUGUAACGUCAGAUGAAUAAAAGCGCUCCUGCGCUGCUUCUCUGUCA